AUGAGCUCUGGAUUGUCUUAUGAUUCCGUGCCAACUGGGCUCAGUCCCGGCAGACGGACUUUAGACUGGGAACGUGAACGGCUUGCGGUGCGGAGACUGUCUUCUCCAAGGGGGCUUGACCAUCUCGCUCCUCCUCCUCCUCCUCAUCCCAUUCCUCGCCGACCCUCUGCGAUCCCUGGCUAUCUGCUCUCCCCCUACCAAGAGCAGCAGGAGCAGUCACCGUCGGAGCAACACCUGUCCCUGUCUCUGUGCUCUGAGGCCUCCCUGGCAGCCCCGGCUCUCCCGCCCGUGGGCGCUGCACCGCCCUGCUGCUGGCCAGUGGGCAUCAUGCACCUCCUGCGCCUUGGCCUCCUGGCUUUCAGCUGUCUCUUCUGGGCUGCUGGCUUGGCCAUCUUCACCCUGGGAGUCUGGGCACAGGUCUCCCUGGCAGACUACAUGCAGCUGUCUGCCAAUCGCUACCCCAAUGCCCCACUCAUCCUCUUGUCCACAGGGGGAGCGGUCACUGCCUGGGGCUUCCUGGGCUGCCUCGGGGUGGCUGCCAACCUGCCUAGUGUACUGAGAGCGUAUGGAUUCUUUCAACUAGCUGCCCUCAUAGGAGGUCUGGCUGCCGGGCUCUCUGGCCUCUUCUAUCACGAAGACAUCGCUGGAGGUUUCCACAGUGGGCUGCAGCAGGCGGUGGCAGGGUACUUAGAAGACGAGGGUCGUGCUGACGCUCUGGACAGCCUGCAGAGGGCCCUAGAGUGCUGCGGCGCUGACGGCUGGCGUGACUGGCUGACCUCCGACCGGGCCGUCCAGGAUGUGGCCCUGUCGCCGACGGGCAACAGCAGCUUGUUGUCACUUCCAGACAGCUGCUGCGUGAGGCGCAAGGGCUGCAGGAACCGACCCCUACCAUCAGAGGGCAGGGAUGGAGUGGAGGCCGCAGGGAUCCACCCGCACGGAUGCUUUCGCAAAGUGUUCAGCUUCGUCAAUGACAAUGUCUUCCACAUUGCUGCCGCUGUGCUGGGAUUAGCCUUCACCCAGAUCGGUGGCAUUGCCUUGGCUUGUCUGCUGGCCAACAGACUGGCACCAAGACAACACCAGCCUGUAGUGGCACACCAAUGA